AUAAGCGCCAUGAUCGCGGUGGAACCCUCACUCGCACCCCAGUACUCGGUGGUGAGCCAAGGGUGAGAUUCCUUCCCGAGCGAAGGACGAGCGGAAGCUGCGGCACCGACUUUGCGACUUUUAUCCCUACCGGAUUUUCGUGAACGCGAAGCGAACUGUGAGCCGAGCGGACGCAGAUCGUGAGACAUGAGGUCUUGGUUGCUAUGGUUGUCUCUUCUGUUGGUCGUCCUGGCCGAUAGAAGCUUUGCCAAUCCCUACUUUGAUGACGGUGAAGAUGUAGAUGAUCUUCAAGGUGGCGAUUCCUCGGAUUAUACAGACAAUGCUUUAGAGAAUCUGAUACGAGUGGCACAAAAACGUACCUCGUCGAUAAACUUGUUUAGGCGGGCUUGCAUAAGGCGCGGCGGCGAUUGUUACCAUCGACGGAAGGACUGCUGCUACAGCUCUAGUUGCCGCUGCAAUCUCUGGGGUUCUAAUUGCCAGUGUCAACGGAUGGGUCUCUUUCAAAAAUGGGGCUAAACGAUAUCCUCCUUCUCUUCCUAUACCCUAAAUCUUCUUAUACUCAUGCGUUUGUUUCUUGCAUUUUUUAUUCUUCCUUUUCCUUUUACUAUCCUUUCCUCUCCUCCCCCCUUCCCUCUAUCUUCCUGAAUCAUCCACUUCCCUGAAAGAUUAUUCCGACGGUAUUUCCCUCGAGCAUAUUUGGACGUUCCUCCCGUUUAACCCGCUCGAGACAGCUGUCUCGUGGGAAUAAUUUUAACAUUUCUUCAAGUAUUGCGAUUUGCAUUCUUCAUUAAAACAUAGGCCUCGAUAAUACGCUUUGAUAUCUUGUUUUGUAUUUCUAAAAUUUUUUAAAUAGAGAGAUACACACGAGCUUGAUUCUUGCAAAGCUUGCGAUAUCGUGAUUGGCAAUAGCUUGCAAAAUGUUACGCUUAGAAACAAUUUACAUUCUUCCACGGUAUCUACAAAUCCCUAGUCUCUCAAUACAAUUUUUCAUGACUACCUCUCUCGCGAUAUUCGAUGCUCGGGAUCAACUGCUGACUAAUCGGUAUGCUUAAAGAUCCCCCGUCUCUUUCUAGAUCGUAACUCUGGUUAAAACGUAGGUAAUGCGAAAAAUAUAAUUAAUUCGUAAUGGUCAACUUUAGUGCAAUCGAUCUUUAUCGAGAUCCUUGUCAAAAUUUACGUCUACACGUGCAUACACGCGCACAGUCACGACAUUUUUGGAAUAGAGUAUUUUUUCAUUUGGUAUUAUAUGAAUUUCUUUAUUUGAAAUAUAUUUUCUUUAUACUUGUUGACACAAUAUUCCUAAACACCCCUCCUUGAAUUUUCCACCGUUUCAACUUCAGCGGUGAAGGUUGUCGUCGUAUUGGAGUCAGAAAUGGCGAACCCACUAUGGCGAAUGCAUCUUGCAUUCAAAGGACCUUGACUCACACUAAUCGAUCGUUUCUUCAGCUGCAAUUCAUCGGAUCUUCCGGAUACAACGUGCAAGGAAUAAAGAUACACCAUUAUUUCUUAAAUUUUAUCAAUUUGUCUUGCUGCUAGCAAAAUCAAUUUUCAAGAGUGCUCAAUAAAAUUACCAAGUAUCUGCAAAAUACAAUAAACGUCCUCUUUUAAGCACGAAUUUCUUUAUUUGAUAUUUCAAAGUAAAUUUGAAUAUGUAUUUAAAAUAUAUGUAGAUAUGAGAGGAAAAUUACGUUUGAUUUAUGACGGUAAUCUUCCUUGAAAAUUUUCCAUUCCAACACUUUUUAAAUUAAAACUUGAAAAAUUUUGAAUCUGACAACAAUACAAAGUACUGAAAAAAAUUAUACGUGAAAGUUAAUACGUUUAUAUUAACCAAAGUUUCAAAUUAGUUUUGACUCUCGCGCGUCGUAUUACUCCUUUCAGCGACUCUUCCGGACCUUGAAAAAUUUAACUAUACUUUCAUUUGCGUUAAUAAUAAAAAUAUAAAAACUCUCGAUGAUAUCUAUUACAAGAAAUGUGACUUUCCCAAAUGAAACUGACAAUGAGUCAGGAUCAAUUCUCGUGUUUUCGGGAUUUCACAAUCACCCUGGGCAGAAGAAAAAAUUGGAAAACGUUAAUGAAAAAAUGCGCGAUAAAUUAUGGGAAUUACUGCCUUCUGAUUGGAGAUAUCUCUCCGGCCACUUUCGCCAAUCAGAUCGUUGAUCUUCCUUAACUUAAUUUUGUCGAGGGUGAUUGCGAAUAAUCGAUAGGAUAAUUAAUAAUGUAACGACAGACUUGUUCCAACCAAGUACGAAUAUGGUGAUUAAAAGGGAUGGAAUUAUUGUAUAGUCAUGAAGAGAUUGAUGAAGAGAGAUUUAUAAUUAAUAUAUGUAUAUGUAUUUAAAACGGCGGUGAUUUAUCUAUAAAACGUACCUUGAUGGUACGUACGCAGAUAUGAAUAAUCUGCAAUUUACAUUUUCUCCACACCACAUCUUAAACUUUAAACGUAUUACCUACACGUAUGAUUAUAAAGGAAAUACUAUAUGUUUAUGCAUUGUAUUUGAAGGUGGAUGUACACGUCUAUCGAUAUAUCAUGAAAAUAUAAUAUACAAUAUAUAUACAUCAUAUUAUA